GCAUCAAGAGGAAAAUGGAAGGAAUCAAUCAAGCUGCUGCAGUUGAUACAGAGAACCCAUACAUUCCAUUAGAAACUUCCAUGAGACAGGAAUUGGGUAGGUUAUCUCCUAUAUCCUCUUCAUGUUGUAUUUACAGAGUUCCAGAGCGAUUCAGACGUGUAAAUGAAAACGCAUACACACCUCAGGUAGUCUCUAUAGGUCCACUCCACCAUGGCAAGAAAGGGUUAGAAGCCAUGGAAGAGCAUAAAAAGAGGUACCUACAGGAAUUUCUAUGUCGGACCAAAGUAAGCUUGGAGGAUUGCAUAAAGAAAAUUAGAGACCGAGAAGCAAGAUUAAGAAGUUGUUAUGCAGAAACCAAUGGAUUUAGCAGUGAUGAAUUUGUAAGAAUCAUUCUAGUAGAUGCCGCAUUCAUCGUAGAGCUCUUGUUGAAACACAAUGGCAGGACACCGAUAAAAGAAAAUGACGCCAUAUUUAAGAAACCAAAGAUUAUUCUGGAUCUAGAGACUGACAUGCAAUUGCUUGAGAAUCAACUACCAAUCUUCAUUCUCGAGGAUCUUUUUUACCUACAACAAGGUACACUCCCUUCUGAUUCUGACGACAGGCUUUCAACAUUUGUAACUGAUCUUUCUCUCAAAUUCUUCACUUCGAGAAUGACUCUGAUGAGAGAUGCAGAUCAAGAGUCCAUUUUAGACAGACUAAGUUCUACAAAAAAAGUAGAACAUUUUUUGGAUCUUAUUUUAAGAUCGUUAUGCCAAUCAGAAGUUGAAUUAAUACCAUUAGGAUGCCAAUCAGAAGUUGAAUUAAUACCAUUAGGUUAUGUAACUACAACAACUCGCGUAAAAACUAGCGUAACACCUAGCCUAACACCUAGCGUGACAGAGCUAUACCAGGCAGGAGUGGAGUUUAAGGUGGGAUCAAUGAAAAACUUAUUUGACAUACGAUUCACUAAUGGGAUUUGCGAAAUUCCAAAGAUCCGAGUAGACGAUGACACAGAGAUCUCACUUAGAAAUCUUCUUGCCUUUGAGCAGUGUCAUUACAUGCACAAUCAUAUAUGUGAUUAUAUGACCAUCAUGGAUGGUUUUGUGAACAACGCAAUUGAUGUGGAUUUGCUUGUUGAGCGUGGAAUUAUUGAAAAUAUUCUAGGUGACAGGAAAGAGUUGUCUGCUCUAUUUAACAACCUUGGCCUUGGGAUUUGUUCUGACGAAAACUUCACAUUUGCUAGUCUUUGUGAAGACCUGAACAGGUACUACAGUUCGAAAAGGCACAAAAUGAUGGCAAAUUUGAGACACAAUUAUUUCAACACACCUUGGCGAACUCUCUCUGUCAUUGCUGCUGUUGUUCUCCUCAUACUCACUCUUAUCCAAACUGUGUGUUCUAUUAUCUCUGUUGCUUGAGCAUGAACCACAACAAGUCUCAUUUACCGUGUUCUCUGUAUCUUUUUCCCCACUGCCAGGUUUCCUUGAAGCAAGUGUGAGAUUCGUCCCAAAAAAAAGAAGCAAGCGUGAUAGUGGUUUCUUUGUGAGUUUGGAGAUUUUAUUGUGUGGUUUAUUUGUCGCAACUUUUUAGCAUGUGUGUGGUAAUGAGAGAUUCAUUUUUGUGUUGAAAUUUGUAGCGUUUUUCAUAUCUGUUGGCUGACUUUUUUUAGGACCUUUUGUAACCUGGACAAACUUUUCCCAUGUACAUUACAUACCCGGAAUACAGAGGAAAACCGGGGAAAAAACAGGGGGAAAAGAGCUUGCAUUGGCCUCAGUUCCGCCUAUAUGUCUCUCUAUUCUUGCGUGAUCAAUUAAUGCCAUCCAAUCCAAUGAAUCCUCUGGAUCUUUUAUCCUUAUUAC